UGGGUCAUUGUCUCCGCGCCCGAAUCCCGAGCACCCCGUGGAAUCCCCCACGUCAUCAUCAGAACCAUCAAUGAGAUGCAAACAUGAAAGACAAGAGGAAGAAGAAGGACCGCACCUGGGCCGAGGCUGCCCGCCUGGCACUAGAAAAACACCCCAACUCACCAAUGACAGCAAAGCAGAUAUUGGAAGUCAUUCAGAAAGAAGGAUUAAAAGAAACAAGUCUGGUUUCAGACCCCGGCAUGGCUUGGAGACAGCGUUGGUGUGUAUGAAGGAUCUUCCUCGAAUGAAGGAUUUGGGACAACUUUCCAUGAUGAUUAUAUUAGAGCCUCAGCUGCUUUCGUGUUGGUCAUGAGGUGAUGCUGAACCGAAUGCUUGAACUAGCAGGAGUGGCUGGGAUUGCAUUGGAGUGGUUCCAUUCAUUCCUUCCGGUGGAACUUCUCCAUUAGCCUGUCUGAAUGCAAUGCUUCACACUAACACCCGAAUAGGGGAUGGAACAUUCUUCAAAAUCCCUGGAAAGUCAGGCCUCUAUGCUCUCAAAAAAGAGGAGUCGUCAUGCCCAGCUGAUGGAACAUUGGAUUUAGGCUGUGAGUCUGAAUUGGAUGGCACAGAAAUGGCGGAGGCCAAUGCCAAUGGAGAAGGAAAUGGAGUUUGUGCGAAGCAGGUAACUGAUGAAGCAUCUUCCACUCGAGAUUCAAGCCUUACUAACACAGCAGUGCAAAGCAAGUUAGUGUCUUCCUUUCAGCAACACACCAAAAAGGCUCUUAAACAGGCUUUGAGGCAGCAGCAGAAAAGAAGAAAUGGAGUCUCAAUGAUGGUCAACAAGACUGUUCCUCGUGUUGUUUUGACACCAUUAAAGGUGUCUGAUGAGCAGUCGGAUUCGCCUUCAGGAUCUGAAUCUAAAAAUGGUGAAGCAGACAGUUCAGAUAAAGAAAUGAAACAUGGGCAAAAAUCUCCCACAGGAAAACAAACAAGUCAGCACUUAAAACGAUUAAAAAAGUCUGGUUUAGGACACUUGAAAUGGACCAAAGCUGAGGACAUUGAUAUAGAAACCCCAGGAUCUAUUCUUGUCAACACUAACUUGAGGGCAUUAAUAAAUAAACAUACGUUUGCUUCCUUACCUCAGCAUUUUCAACAAUACCUCCUGCUUUUGCUCCCAGAAGUGGAUAGGCAGAUGGGAAGUGAUGGAAUUUUACGCCUCAGUACUUCAGCUCUAAAUAAUGAAUUCUUUGCAUAUGCAGCUCAAGGAUGGAAGCAGCGACUGGCAGAAGGAGAAUUUACUCCAGAAAUGCAGUUGCGGAUAAGGCAAGAAAUUGAGAAGGAAAAGAAAACAGAACCUUGGAAAGAAAAAUUCUUUGAAAGGUUUUAUGGAGAAAAGUUAGGCAUGUCAAGAGAGGAAUCGGUGAAGCUCACUUCUGGACCAAACAAUGAUGGAGCUGAAAGUGGUUCCUCAUGUGGGACCUCUGGCCUUCCAGGUCUUUCUGCACAGACUCACUUGGAAGAACAACAGCCAAAAAGCAUGAAAAGUCCAACUUCUCCAGAGCCUGAUUUCUGUGCUACGCUUUGCCCUAUGGUAGAUAUGGGUAAGGAUGUAAUGGCAGAAUCAGAAUCAGAAGAUAUCUUGAUCCCUGAAGAAUCUGUGAUUCAGGAGGAAAUUGCAGAAGAGGUCGAGACUAGUAUCUGUGAAUGCCAGGAUGAAAAUCAUAAGACAAUACCUGAAUUUUCUGAGGAGUCUGAAAGUCCAGCCAACUCUCAUGAAGAGCCCCAAAUAGUACCUCCUGAAGAUAACUUGGAAUCCUGUGUUGUGAUGAAUGAUGUUUUAGAAACUUUGCCUCAUAUUGAAGUUAAGGUGGAAGAGAAAUUAGAAUCUCCCCAGGAAGAAAUGUCGGUUGUUAUUGAUCAACUAGAAGUCUGUGACUCUCUUGUUCCUUCCAUUUCAUCUGUGACUCACGUCAGUGACACAGAACAUAAGGAGCCAGAAACUUCGAUAGAGACCAAUUCUCCGAAAAUAAAAAUAGGGUCCUCUUCUUUAGACGGCCAAUUUCCAAAUGAAGGAAUUGCUGUGGAUAUGGAGCUACAGAGUGAUCCUGAUGAACAGCUUUCUGAAAAUGCUUGCAUCUCUGAAACGUCAUUCUCUUCUGAGAGCCCAGAGGGAGGCUGUACCAGUCUGACGUCCCCAGGAGGGGAAACCCAGUCUACUUCAGAAGAAUCAUGUACUCCAGCCUCCCUUGAGACAACAUUCUGUUCUGAGGUGUCUAGCACUGAAAAUGCAGACAAAUAUAAUCAGAGAAAUCCCACUGAUGAAAACCUUCAUGCAUCUUUGAUGUCAGAAAUUUCUCCAAUAUCCACUUCACCUGAAAUAUCAGAAGCAUCUCUGAUGUCCAAUUUACCUUUAACAUCAGAAGCAUCCCCGGUAUCAAAUUUACCUUUGACAUCAGAAGCAUCACCCAUGUCUGAUUUACCUUUGACAUCAGAAACUUCUUCAGUCUCUUCCAUGCUUCUCACAUCUGAAGCCACUUUUAUCUCCAGUUUGCCACUUCCUUCAGAAACAUCUCCAAUUUCUAAUUCUUCCAUGAAUGAGAGAAUGAUGCGUCAACAAAGAAGGUCACCUUCUAUAUCUGAAGAACCACUGUCACCACAGAAAGAUGAAGCUUCUGCCCUUGCCAAACCCCUGGGUGAGAGCCUUAUUUCUCAGCAGAAGACCCUCUCUAGUACUCCUGAACCCAUCAAAAUGAGUUCUUCUUCCAUUGCUCCUGAAGCAUUUCCAUCUGAAGAAUUGCACAAUAAGACCCUGAGCCAGCAGCCUUGUAAAUCACGUAUUGAAACUGAGAAUCCCUAUCCUGCUUUGAUUCCAGAACUUCCUCCUACAGAAAUGAUAAAAGUUAAAAAUCAUAAUGUCCUGCAAAGAACAGAAAAGAAAGGAGUGUCUUCACCAUUAGAAUUAUCUGUCUUUUCUGAAGAAACAGAGAGUAAGGGAAAUGAGCUUACGUCACCUAAAUUACAGGACAAGCAAUAUGUCUCAUCAGUGGAUAAGGCCUCAUUUUCAGAAGGCUCUAAAAAUAAAACACAUAAGCAAGGGAGCUCACAGAAUCGGUUGGAGACCUCGCAUACUUCCAAGUUGUCAGACCCCUCCAAGUCACCUGAUGGGAUAAGAAAUGAAAGUAGAGAAUCCGAGAUAUCAAAGAGGAAAACUGCAGAGCAGCACAGCUUUGGAAUCUGUAAGGAAAAGAGGGCUAGGAUAGAAGAUGAUCAGUCAACCCGGAACAUAUCAUCUAGCAGCCCACCAGAGAAAGAACAGCCUCCAAGAGAGGAACCCAGGGUUCCACCUCUCAAGAUCCAGCUUUCCAAAAUUGGACCACCUUUUAUCAUCAAGAGCCAACCAGUCUCCAAACCAGAGUCUCGAGCAUCCCCCAGCACAUCCGUCAGUGGUGGGAGGAACACAGGAGCCAGGACCCUCGCAGAUAUCAAGGCCCGAGCCCAGCAAGCAAGGGCCCAACGAGAGGCGGCGGCUGCGGCUGCUGUGGCCGCCGCUGCGAGCAUCGUCUCCGGAGCCAUGGGGAGCCCAGGAGAGGGUGGAAAGGCGAGAACCCUGGCGCACAUCAAAGAACAGACAAAGGCGAAGCUCUUUGCAAAGCAUCAAGCCAGAGCCCACCUCUUCCAGAACUCUAAAGAGACCCGGUUGCCUCCACUUGGCUCAAAGGAAGGGCCUCCAAGCUUAGAAGUCUCUUCUACUCCUGAAACAAAAAUCGAAGGUUCAACUGGUGUCAUUAUUGUCAAUCCAAACUGUAGAUCUCCUAGCAACAAGUCUGCGCACCUCCGGGAGACCACCACUGUAUUACAGCAGUCUCUUAACCCGAUGAAACUUCCAGAAACUGCCACUGACUUAUCUGUGCACAGUUCUGAUGAAAAUAUACCUGUGUCACAUUUAUCUGAGAAAAUUGUUUCAUCUACCUCUUCUGAAAAUAGCAGUGUGCCCAUGCUUUUUAAUAAAAAUUCUGUCCCUGUGUCUGUUUGCAGCACUGCUAUGUCGGGAGCAAUUAAAGAACAUCCCUUUGUGAGUUCUGUUGAUAAAUCCUCUGUUCUAAUGUCUGUUGACAGUGCAAACACUACAAUUUCUGCUUGUAAUAUAAGCAUGUUAAAAACCAUCCAGGGAACUGACACUCCAUGCAUAGCCAUUAUACCAAAAUGUAUUGAAAGCACUCCUCUUCCCACCACUGCAGAGGACUCCAGCUUAUCGAGCUCCAUGGAUGACAAGCAGUUGCUAAUAUCAAGCAGCAGUGCUAGUAACUUAGUGUCCAGUCAGUACACCUCUGUGCCAACUCCCUCCGUUGGAAAUAAUUUGCCAAACCGUCUCUCCACUAGCUCGGUCUUGAUUCCCCCAACGGGAAUUAACAACAGAUUUCCUUCUGAGAAGAUAGCCAUGCCUGGGAGUGAAGAACAGGCCACCGUAUCCAUGGGUACCACUGUGAGAGCAGCCCUCAGCUGCAGGGAUUCAGUAGCAGUCACAGACACUCUGGUUGCACGCCCACCUGUCGCAAUGUUUACUGGAAGCAUGCUAACAAUAAACUCUUAUGAGAGUGCUCCCAAGUUAAGUGUUGAAAGCUUGGACAAAAAUUCAGGGCCUCGAAACAGGGCAGACAAUUCUGGGAAACCUCAGCAACCUCCAGGGGGCUUUGCACCAGCAGCCAUAAACAGAUCAAUUCCGUGUAAAGUCAUCGUUGACCACAGCACCACGCUGACCUCCACUUUGUCUCUGACUGUCUCCAUUGAAAGUGCAGAAGCCAACUUGGACCUCCAGAGCAGAUCAGUGAGGACAGAAGCAUCCAUACAGCCCAUGGCAUGUCCUCAGGUGUCUGUUAUUAGCAGGCCUGAGCCAGUUGCAAAUGAAGGCGUAGAUCACGGUUCUAGUUUCAUCGCUGGUUCUGCAGCAAAACAAGACUGUAAAACGAUUCCGGCUGCCUGCACAGGUCUCCGAGAAGUACCCCUUGUUGUUCCAGAUAAAUUAAAUGAGGUGACUGCUCCUAGUAGUGGCUUUGCUGAGCAGGCACGUGGCCCCACCACUUUCAAAAGUGAAGCAGACACAACCUGUAGCAAUCAAUAUAACUCAAACAACCGGAUUUGCUGGAAUGAUGACGGGAUGAGGAGCACGGGCCAGCCUCUGGUUAGUCACUCUGGUUCAAGUAAACAGAAAGACUAUCUAGAGCAGGGCUGUCCAAAGGCUAUCAAAACGGAACACGCCAGCUACUCGCACAUGUCGGAACUUCACCCCAGGAAUCUCAUAACAAGUGUCUCUCUCCCUGUGAAGUCUGAACCUCAUGAAGUGGACAAGGGCUUUAGAAUGGACACUGAAGACUUCCCUGGCCCUGAGCUGCCUCCUCCUGCCGCAGAGGCAGCCCCUAGUAUGCAACAGGCACCGAACGUGAAGGCUCCCACCUCUGGUCCCAUGGAAGAGGCGAUUUCUUUGCCUACAGACACCCUGAAAAGAGUUCCCAGUGCAGGGAGCUCAAGCUGUCGUCUCUCGUCUGUGGAGGCUAACAAUCCCCUGGUGACACAGUUACUACAGGGUAACCUGCCUUUGGAAAAAGUGUUGCCGCAGCCCAGAUUGGGAGCCAAGCUCGAAAUUAACAGGCUUCCUCUGCCUCUUCAAACUACCUCAGUGGGUAAAUCAGCACCAGAGAGGAGCAUUGUCGAAAUGCCGUCCAGCUCUCCCAAUCCUGACGGGAAGGGCUACUUGGCAGGGACUCUUGCACCACUGCAAAUGAGAAAGCGAGAGAACCACCCCAAAAAGAGAGUAGCCAGGACUAUGGGCGAACACACUCAAGUUAAAUGUGAGCCAGGGAAAUUGUUGGGGGACCCAGAUGUGAAAGGGGUGCCUUGUGUCAUCAACUCAGGCGUGAAUCAGCUGGGACACAGCCAGCCUUUUAAGCAAGAGUGGCUGAACAAGCACCCCAUGCAGACCAGAAUUGUUCACAGCCCUGAGGUCAAGCAGCAGAAGCGGCUGCUCCCCUCCUGUAGCUUCCAGCAGAACCUAUUUCACGUGGACAAGAAUGGCGGCUUCCACCCCGACGCUGGUACCUCACACAGACAGCAGUUUUACCAAAUGCCUGUGGCUGCCAGGGGCCCCAUGCCUACUGCAGCUCUGUUACAGGCCCCUGCCAAGCCUCCAGUGGGCUGUAAUGCAUUUGCCUUCAGUCGGCAUCUUGAACAAAAGGGAUUGGGAGAAGCUGGCCUUUCUUCUGCACCUCACCAGCUAAGGUUAGCCAACAUGUUAUCCCCCAGCAUGCCCGUUAAAGAAGGUGAUGACGCGGGAGGGGCUGCACGUGUGAUGCCAAACAAAGCACUGGUGCAUCCCCCACCCCCUCCACCCCCGCCCCCUCCACCCUUGGCGUUGCCCCCGCCUCCCCCACCACCACCUCCGCUACCUCCACCUCUUCCUAAUGCAGAAGUCCCAUCCGAUCAGAAACAACCACCAGUUACCAUGGAAACCACUAAGAGACUUAGUUGGCCACAGUCCACGGGCAUAUGUAGCAAUAUAAAACCGGAACCUCCUUCUUUUGAGGAAGGUUUAAGCAGCAGCUGUGAACUGGGCAUGAAACAAGUUUCCUAUGACCAGAAUGAAAUGAAAGAACAGUUAAAAGCAUUUGCGCUAAAAAAUGCAGAUUUCUCUUCCUAUUUGCUUUCUGAGCCACAAAAGCCUUUUGCCCAAUUAGCUGCUCAGAAAAUGCAGGUGCAGCAACAACAGCAGCUCUGUGGAAAUUAUCCAACAAUACACUUUGGGAGCACGAGCUUCAAAAGGGCAGCCUCUGCAAUUGAAAAGUCCAUUGGGAUUUUGGGAAGUGGCUCCGGUGCUGCCACAGGCCUGCCUGGUCAGAACGCUCCGAUGCCUGUUCAGAACUUUGCCGACAGCAGCAACAAGGAUGAAUUGGAACUGAAAUGCUCUUGCCGGCUGAAAGCCAUGAUUGUGUGCAAAGGCUGCGGGGCCUUCUGCCAUGACGACUGCAUAGGGCCUUCGAAACUCUGUGUAGCUUGCCUGGUUGUGCGAUAAGAGCUGAAUGAAAGAUGCAGUAUCCCUUUUCAACACGGAAAAGCCAAACGGCGCCAGCAACAACAAAUUGGAUAACUCAGUGGUUUAUAUCGUGCUAAUUUAUUUUACUUUGGAACAGAUUAUUGUUUCUCUAUGGGAUUAUUAUUUUCUUGCCUUUCUCGGAAAGGGGAGAUUGCAUCCCACCUGAGUGGCUCUGCAGCACGUCUUUGGCGUAGUUAGUUGCCGUUCCCAGCUUUGGAAAAUUUCUGUCCGUGUGUACACAGGGCACUACCCCGUUUGCUUUUUUAAAGUCCAGGUGUAGAUAGGAAAAGGACAUUUUAAAUUACUUAAUACUAAGCAGAAAUGCAGAAGUAGAGAAUGGUAAACACGAUUUAAGGUGGUUAUGCAUCCUUCUGUAGAGUCACCAUUACGGCAGGGGUUUGCACAGUGGACUCUCUGGACCUACUGUCACCACAGUGAUUAAGUCAUUUGGAAAGGGGAAUCUGAUUUAAAUGUGUGAUUCCUUGUGUUUACUCAUAUCACAAAAGAUCCAUUAAAGGAGGUGUGUGGUUAAUGAACUCCACUGUCCUUAUUCUCUUUCCUCCCUUUUUACUCUGCAGAGACUGGGGGACUAUCUGGAUCUGCCUUGGACGCUGUACGCACUGUAGUGAAAUGUCUUAUACCUGAAAUUGCAGUGUGGGCCACAUCCCCACUCAUCUGCCUCGAGCCCUUUGACACCUGGUGCUGUAAGAUCAGUUGGCCCACAGAGAGCCAUAGGCCCAGAGGAAUUCAGAGCUUCACGUGUGGCUUUUAAGAAUACGUAUGAAAAAAAUGCCCUAAAAUUCAAACCAAACAAAUAAAACGCUGUGUAUGCAAACACAUAUAAACGGGUUGAUAAUGUAAAUAUUAGUCCAUUCUGUUCACUCUAAUGCAAUUACUAGAUAUUAAAAUUUGGGGGAAAAUAAUUGUAGCCCUUUAUUGAUGACACCAGUGCAUUCUGGCUUCUGACUUUGCGGAAACUGGCCACCUCUUUUAUAAAGUGUCAUUGGUGAUAAAAGGGACUGCAGAAGGCUGGAGUGUUGGCAUUUUUCUGAACAAUCUUUUUCUCAUGAUUUGCAAUCUAUAUAAUUAACAGUUGACUCUGAAAUAGCCCUUAUUUUAAAAAUUGUUCCAGGUAUUGCAUGUGUUGGUUUUUUCCCCUCAGGUGAGUUCAGUACAUUCUUCAUAUUUGGGGGAGUGGAACUGCUUUUGAAAAAGGGAUACUGCAUCUUACAGAUAUCGUCAGUGUUUAUCGAGUAAAGUCUGAGUGUUGAGUAUUUGAGCUACAUUCCAUAUACUUUGGCCACCCUCAUGUCAGAGAGCAGCUGUAGUUCAGGAGGCUCUGUUCCCUAAAGCAAGUUCAAAAGCACAUGUACAUUGUGGGAAGAUGAAAGACAACAAAAACUACGCCCAUUUAACUUCAGAUUACAGAGCACAAAAUGUGGAGUGCCAUUAACCCGUUGAUUGACUGUGGCUGUAGAAUCAAAAAAAAAACCAUGGGGGAAAAGUCAUCCGUAUCCAGGGUAAGAAUGACAGAUCUUUUCGCAUGGGAUCAUCCUAAUCAAUGUAAACUUUUGACAUUCCCUUAAAAUACGUUUUAAAAAUAACUGGAAUGAGGCGAAAUUACAUUCCUGGGGCAAGAAAAAAAAAUUGUGAUUUUUUUAUAGUAGUUAACCACGGUAUAUGUUGUUAUUUUCUCCAUAUUUAUUAUUGUGAUGUUGCCAAAUUUCGUUAGCUGAUAGAGACGUCAUUUUUGUUAACAAAUUGCUGAUAGUGAAAGAUACUUGAUCUUGAAAAGAAAGAAAAGCAAAGAAGGGCCUGCCUCUGUGGCCGCGAUGCGGUGCUUCUGUACUGUCACUUCUGUUUUUCAUAUUAAAAUUAACAAAAAUAACGACUGAGAAAAUUAGCAGUGCACUUAACCAGCCCUUCCCGAGGAAUGCAGCAUAAGUUCCAGAGGAUCGUAAGUUCACUCUGCGCCCAGCUGUGUUUGGGUGGCAUCCUCGUCAGUGGUGUCUCUAUGGUCUGCUUUGCUCUGAUAUUGUCUUGGUUCAGAAGAGCAUGCUCUGCUCUCACAGAGGGGCACCCCUAAAAGACAGACGCUUGCAUGCCAACUCCUUCCAGAUUCGGUUGCCGCUCUACCAGUGUCAGAUACUGUCUACACCAGCAGAUUCAAAACUACCACAUCAGUAACUGACACAGUGUUGAAAGAACCUCCAGUCUACAAAACCUUUGCACUCUGUAUAUGAGGUCCAGUUGGGGCUGAUGUGACGCUGAGCUCAUUGUCAGUUCCAUCGUUGUGGAAUACUGCCUACAAAUUACUUACUGGGAAUAAAGAAAAGUGUCCUUCUGUAGAUUUUGAUUUUUCACAGAAUAGGUUUGGAGAAUCACUUGUUGAUCAUGCAUGGAUUCUACCACCCAGGUCCAAAGAGCAUAGUUUUUCUCUGCCCUUGCUCUUUAUUGCCCCCGUUCAAAUUCCUAGUAUUUGCCUAUGGUUUAUAUUACUGAAAAAAUUAAUAUCUUUGGGUUAAAAAAUAAUGGAAAGAAAUUUAGAAGUAAAAUGUAGGUCAGAUGUUUUACAAGUGUCCAUUUAAUAUAUAUACAAAAGCCAGUAUAUUUGGAUUAGGCGAGUAGUAGGUUCUUAGUUUUCUGAUUUCCACAGGUGUCUGCCUAUGUGCAAAUGGAGUAUGUUAUUUACUACAUGGUUAUUGUGGUGUAAUGUGCAAAUUGUAGUGUGUGCAUUAUCCUGAUUAUUGGACACUAUGCUAUCCCUAUCAGGAAUAGAACUUGCACAUGUAACGUAAUUUUUUUUUUUUUUUUUUUUUUUUUUUUAUCACAAAGGAUGUUAUUUCCCUAAGUAGCACUUUUGGAGCAGGGGAAGGAAGGAAACUGCUAUUCCCUAAUCCUCCUCCUAUAUGAUAUGCAUAUGCCUGAGGUGUAUAAAGACAUUUAGGUAGUUAAUGGGCAUGUUAAUAAGAACAUUCUGAUGCAAAUUCAUUUUCAAAAUGAAAAUAUUUUUCCUUCCCCAAAGUGAGGAUAGCAGAAAUGUUGGUGAACUGAGCACCAUAGUUAUAUAUAAUAUUUCCUUGCUAAGGUCUAGUUUGAAGAAAAAACUUGAAAACAAACCUGUGAGGUUGAGCCUGGUUGCUAUAAAGACUUUGUGGUGGUAUGUGUUUCUGGGAUGAGCUCUAGAUGGUUUAGUUGACUGCUAGACCUUGGAUAUUCUUAGUCCUUCAAAAUAAACAUACGAAAACAAGCUGGUACAUAUAUGGUGCUUCAUAACGCAGUCGAGAGUAAGAGUCCGUGAUGCUGCAGCCCCGUUUCCUUUACAAACACUCGCACAAUUUCAAAGGAGGAAGUUACUGUGGCCUUGGCUUCCCAGUCCCUCCUUGGUCUGGCGAAGUCCUUGGUUACAGAAGUUGAAGCCCAGCGUAGGGUUGCAUCGUCCCUCUGGUGUGGAGACCGAGCGCCACACUAGCGCCUGGUGGGAACGAGCCUGCCGAAUGCGCAGAGCCCAGAGUCACUGUCCGUCUGUGUUUCUAGAGAACAAUGUGAAGAGUCCUAGAAAAGGAACUCAUCAGACUGUCAGGGGCCUAAGUAGCCAAAAUGUCACUGAAUAUAAAAAUCUUGUCGUCUUCAGUCCUCAUGCUUCGUCACUGUAAAGCGAACAAAAAGCGUUUUUACUAUAAUUUAAAGGAGCUGCUUUUUUAUAGCACAUACUAUUUCGCUUUGUACUAUAUUUGAUAGUCGCAGAAGAAUUUAGGCUGUAGAAGAACUUUGUUGUAUUUGUACUGUUCAUGAAUGUUUCAAAGGAAGUGCUUUACUUGGUUGCCAUAAUUUUCCUGUACUGCUGUAUUUUCCCCCCUGCUUCCUGGAAACCUGAUCUGAUUCAUAUUUUCAGUACAGCUUUCUUUUUUAAUGUGUGUUUGUGUGUAAUUUUUUUUUUUUUUGGUCAGUAUUCUGAAUGUUUACAUCUGUUUGACAUUAGCCAUUGAAUGCCUUUUUUUUUAAAGGCGGUAUUACUCCUACGGUGUAACAGCAAAAUGUGAAAUCAACCCAAACAUAACACGCAUGACAAAGGCAGAGUGGGGGCGAAGGCCCUGGACCUACAUAGACGUUUUCUAUCAGCAUACAGAAAAGUAAAACCCUCCUUCAGUCCUCUACCAAAGAAUAUAUUAUUCCCACAGGAAAAACUCCGAAAAGGUGUGUAAAAUCCUCAGAAGGGGGAGCAGUUGAUUCAGUAAGACUGCUACAAUUUAAUACUGUUAUGCUUGCUUUGAUACCUGACUAAAUGUGACUGAGUGCAACAAGCAUUUAAAAAAUUUUUAGACAGUGUUUUGUUUAGAAUUCAGGGAUCAUGCAUUCUUUAAUGGUGCUGUUUGUUUUUUAUUUCUUCUUUUCUACAAAGAAAAAAAAACGUUGCCUACAAAAGUGACUGCUCACGAUACCAUAAAUUAAAUGAAAUGAAAUGUUUGUCUCUUCAUGUUUCUCUGUUCUUCCCUUUCUCAAGGUAACAAUUUGGGUUUCAAUAUUAAAAUAUUCUGGAGAAAAUAAAGAAAUUCAA